ACAAGGUUCAAUUCAGAGUCAGAGAAAAAUUAACACGCCCAAAAAUAAUGUCUGUGCAAGCGACGCCGCAGCGACAGUCAACAGGGAAUGCCCCAUCGUCUCCUAGAACACCACGGCGAUCGCUGACACCAUUAACAAAACAUGCACUUCAAAUGUCCACCACUCCAAUACGAAACAGACUUCUCCUCACACCGACAAAGAACAAACAGAAACAAGUGUAUGACCCGUUGGAUGACUUAAGAAUGCUAGGCCGUCUGUUCAAUACUAAGGCGAGAAGCAAAUCUAGGGUAGUACCGAUAACUAAGAACGUCUCACCUUCAAAGACAACGACCACCUCCAGCUAUAAAACACCAUCUCCUGUGCCCGAAGGGAAUACAUUUCCACUUGGCACAGACGUGAGCACAAAUCUCAGCGACCUGAAAAGGAGACACGUAUCGUCACCGCAACUAUCAAUCUCCCCAGUACUUGGAAUGGGGAAUGUGCCGAGUUUUAUCAACAAAGAUGUACGAUCGUUCGCCAAACUCUUCCAUCAGUCCAGCAGCUUCAGCACAAACAUGCAAUCGUUGGAAAUGUCUGACUCUUCCGGCUUUCUGGAAGAAACCUUGCAAAUUACGCAGUCGCAGUCGCAAUCUCAAUCGCAAUCGCAGUCCCAGCAUCAGUCACAGCCACACAUGCUAUUGCGUAUACCAUACAACGAUGAGGUGCCGUCAAGAAAUGUGGGCGCAGGCAGCGACGAGAUACCAGACUUUGAGGACAACAACUAUAUCGAUAAUUACAAUGAGACUUUCGAAUCACAUGCAGAUACCUCUAACAUAGCGCUCCCAGAGGCGAUUCUCCGAGACGGAUCGGGAAUACUAGGAAUGUCUGACGACGAGCUGGAGGAAUACAACCUUAGCCUCAGUAAACUGAACGAAAGUGGGAGUGACAGCCGUGGAGAUAGUGACAGCGACACCGAGAACGAGGGCGACGCUAAUGGCAAUUCUGAGCAUGUCCGCGGGCUUGUCGAUACCGACGAACUUUCGAAAGAGCUGUCUUUAAUCAAAAGCCACGAGCAGUUCAUCACCAAGAGAAAACAAAGAAGAAAGACCGGUCGAAUGGGUGAAUUUACGAGCGGUCAAAGGCCGAUUAUCAAGGACGCCAUGUUCAGCAAUAAAAUGAUCAAAGGGUUACUGGAUAACCUACAACUUGGGGACACAAUUGAAUCCGGCCUUGAUGCUUCUCUUUUCAACGAGAUGGCCUAUCGGUUCAUAGAUAUGGAACUCAUGAAGACAAUUGAGAUGAGUGAGCUCACGGGACUCGGUGGUCGUAUUGUGCACACCGAGGUUUUUUACGGAGACAGCGAGAAGCAGAAAGAGGAAGAUGAGGAAGAAGGAAUUCUCUUGUAUGCGAUGCACAACUGGGAUAUGGAGAAGGUGAAGGAGUUAGAGGGUGUGCUUUACAGUAACAAAGCUGUCAGGAAACGUAGAGCUGAUUACAAUUUGUUGAAGCGCAAAGAAUUGGCCCAUAAAAAAGUGCAGCAGGAGGUGGAACAGAAUUCAGAAGAGAUAAAUGUAGAAGCCGAAGAAGAUAUACCAGGCGACGAGGUUGACUUGAAAAAUUUAGACACUCACAUUAUGCUGAGAAUUGCUAAUUAUUCGGACGACAUGGACGAUUCUAGCGACUAUGAGAUUCCUUUUGCCGAAGAGGAGGAAGAGGAGUAGUGAUGUCAGAGACGAUCACGUGACCGAGCUUUAAAAUGGAUAUGAUUUUUUCAAAGAUUAUCGCUUUGAAUAGUUGUCAUUAAUAAGUUUGAAAACUAGAUAAUUUUAAUUUUAUCAAAAAACUUUUUUUUUUUUAAAUGUGCAUCUACUAGAUAAAUAAAACUCCGCCAC